GCGUCGCACGCUCAGGCUGCUGUAAAUCACGUAUAAUGCACGAUUUAAUGUAACGUAAAUAACAUUUUAAGAGGCAGCUACAGUCUCUAAAACAACACGAACAGCAGCUCAGGUUUUGCUAAAGGUUAACAAAGCGGCAGCCAUCGAACCGUCACUUUCGCUCAUGCUAUCAUUUACUUGUAUAGCCCUGAUCUGUUGUGCAUGUGCUUCGUGCUGUGGUUUCCAUUGGAACUAUGCUUGUAAUUUGAUCAAAGUAAAGGAAAUACACACUCUCCAACUCCAACAAACGCUCACAUUGCGCAAUUCAGUAUCCCUGUUGUGGAUACGGAAAGAAUAUAGGCAAAAGAAGGAAGGACAGGGAUUUAACAAUGGACAAAACACAUCCAGGAAGCAGGCCCUUUCCAAUAACAACAUUAUUCAAACAGGAACAUCAGAAAUCUGAAAAAAUGCAGGUGACAUACAGAAUUCCAGCUCUCAUCUAUAUCAGUGACAAUAAAACGUUUCUUGCCUUUGCUGAAAAGCGGAAAACUGAAGAUGACACUGAUGCAGAUGUCCUUGUGAUGAGAAAAGGAAUAUGGAAGGAUGGUGAAGUUGAGUGGGAUAGUAGUCAUGAGUUGCUCACUUCGGCUUAUCAACCAAACCGCCGCAGCAUGAAUCCAUGUCCGGUCUAUGAGAGAGAAUCCAAGACCCUCUUUCUGUUUUUCAUCACUGUUCCUGUUGGGGUCUCUGAACACAAACAAAUACACACGAAUAAGAAUGAGGCACGACUUUGUUACAUAACCAGUAAAGACACUGGCAAAACCUGGAGUGAUAUUACAGAUCUGACGGCAGAUGUGAUCGGUGAGCAGGAGAAGCACUGGGCCACCUUUGCUGUCGGACCAGGACAUGGUGUUCAAAUGAAGAGCGGAAGACUGAUUAUCCCAGCAUAUGUGUAUCCUUGCCACUCACUCAACUGUAAACCCACGUCAUGUGCAUUCACAUUCUACAGUGAUGAUAAAGGAAGUACUUGGCAUUUAGGAAAACGUGUGGAUGGUGAAUCUAAUGAGUGUCAGAUGGCUGAGAUCAUUGACGACAAAGGUAACGGUAAACUUUACUGCAAUGCUCGAAGUAUAUCUGGCCACAGAGUCGAGGCUCUAAGCGAGAGUAAUGGAGAUGCUUUUGACAAGCCUUCAUCUGCACGUAAGCUGACAGAGACCGGACAUGGCUGCCAAGGAAGUGUGUUGAGUUUUGCCCCUGAUCGAGCAAAUGAAAAAACAUGGCUACUCUAUUGCCAUCCAACCAAUCCAAGCAAGAGAAUGUGCCUUGCCGUCUACUUGAAUAAAUCCCCGUGGGAUGCCUCAGGAUGGGAGGACCGUAAAUUGAUAAUCUACGAUGGUCCAAGUGGAUACUCAGAUCUGGCUCACUGUGAAGAUGGAAAACACUUUGCCUGUCUCAUGGAAUGUGGAGAGAUAAAGGAGAUUGAAGGGAUAGCCUUUGUGCUUUUUAAACUCCGUGACAUCAUUUAGGCCAGGGAU